UCGCUGCUCCGUUAUUACUUGAAAAUUGUCGACUAGUUUCGUUAUUUACUUCUUUACAAUUUCUGAGAAAAAUGGGAAAAGCGACGCCCACUCGUUCCGCAUCGAAGGUUCGGGGGUCGGCUGAUUCGAACCACUGAAUUUGAUGUGAACUCGUAUCAGUGUCGAAAAAAAUGAUAAUUCAGCCGAACUUGGCUAUGCUCGUGAUUGUUUUUCUGUGGUUGAUGAGCAUACGUACAAUUUAGCAAUUUGCUCCUGCCUAAUUAUCCAGGCAAGUGGGAAAGACAUAGCAUAUGAUUUGUAGGUUAUGUCGACGGGCGGCAAAUUCGAAAUUGUAUCCGCCACAACACACGGUAAUUUGGUCCAAGAGACAAUUGCUUUCAAUCUCUCCGGGGUUCCCAAUCAUUUACUAAUGCUGGUAGUUUCACUCUUAUAGUUUUGCAGAAAAGUAUGAUAAAUAAGCGGAAUUAUUUUCUCGCUCGUGUUGAUCACCGGUAAAUUUGAACUGGUUCCUGAGAUGAAAAUAUUUUUACUCGCCCAAAGCGACAGUCUUCUCCAACUUCCGGCUGCUAUCCAGUUGGCAUUCACUUAUCGCUCAAUUUUUCACUUUACCCCAUUAUAAUUCUCUAAAAUCUCCAGAAAAAACCAAUGGUUCUGAUUCCAGAGUCCAGAUGCGCAGCAUUGGAUCCGAACUCGUGUUCCGUGUAAAAGGAUAAGAAUCCGAAAAAAGUGAUAAAUAUUACCACUUGCUCUAUAAACACCCUCCAUUGCUCCAAAAUUAUCAUUCAUUGCUCCUCAGUUGACAAUCAUUGCUCAUUCUUCACUGCUUGUAGUUUACUCUGCAAAUGGAGAAAAUGAAUGGGGGCUGUGCUUCGGUAAGGUAAUAAUAAGCUGCUAAUAGGCAACGCAGAGGAUAUUUAUUCAGCAAAACUAGACUAAUUCUGUAAUUCUGAAAUGGCACCGCAAACUAUUCUAAUUAUCAGCUUUUAAUCAUCACGUUUCGUCCUACCUGUUUAGGCUGAAAGGAGGAUCAUCCAAGUGAAGUUUUGGUAUUAGAUUGAUCGUCCACUUGUCAUAGAAACCCAAUCCAACUCUCAGCAACGCUUCACCAAAUAUCUGGAUGACCCAGGACUAUCGCCCCGUAUGCUACUAAUGUAUUCCUCAUGAAAAUCUGCAAUUGAAACGUUUGUUGCGUGUGAUGGGGAAUUUGCUAUUGCGAUUCGGCCAAUCCAGUAGCAGCCUACGGCGCUGAACAGGACUGGCAGAUCAUCCAAUUCCAAACAGCUGUAAUUCCCAAGUAUCAAAUCUCGCAUCAAAAGUACAAAAAAGCUUAAGUUCACAGGCGCCAACUUUCAUAAAACCCAGGGUUUAGCUGUAUAAUAAGUGUGAGAGGGGGAAUUGCUCUGCGAAAACAUGAACCUUUUUGAAAACAGAAAUCGUAAAUGGACACACUGACUAAUGAUUUGUUCACAAUUAGUUAGAUAAAUAUGAAUGAAUUUUUGAGCAGUAAUUCCUCUGAUCCCAUAUAAUUCUAUUUUUUCAAGUACCUCUUCGUGAUUAAUGAUAUCAAAAGAUUUCGCCAAAUCCAAAAACGCAUCUAUUGUUGGUUUGGAAUCACUAAUGUUCUUGUCUAAAUGAGACGAUGGCCGUGAACUGUCGUAAGGCUCAGGAGGAGGUUCUCGAUUUUAAGUCUGAUCUUAUACCAAAGUAUGGAUGUCUGGUAGAGUCUUGAUACGGUCAAGUGAAUUGUGUUCGUAAUCAAUAACAUUCCAGAAGCAAAGUAUAGAGAAAAAAGGAUAAUUGAACCUGAAUAUGCCUUGCAAGACGCAGGAAAUGGUUCGAUUCUGGAGAACAUGGUAUAUUCUGUGCAGAACUUUUACAUCGAUUAAGCUUUACACUCCAAAUUCUCCAAUUGAAAUUAACAUUCUAAUGUAACCUCGUACCAAGGCAAAGAUAAAUAAAACCAGGAUCAAUCUUGCGACGGGUAUGCACGGCUGUAGACAACUGUGCAUUCUGAAAUGAGAUAAGACUGCCCGAAAUAUUGUCAUAAUGAACAGCUGAUGAGAGACGAAGAUGAGAAUAUUUUUUUGCAAGUACCCGUACAUACAUAUUUAUAUCUAUAAGUUACAGACUUUUUUUCACUGUAUAAAACCACAUCUAACACCAACUGCAAAGAAGGGUGUUCUUAUUUCCAGUGACUGUGAUCGCCAACGUGUACUAGAAUGUCUUUUGUUGUUAGAGGGAGAAGAAAUGAAAAAAAAGAGAAUGGGACUACGUUGCAUUGUUCUUGUUGCCGUGGCGGCGUGUUUGAAAAAUAAAUGAAACAUUGCUUUAGUCGAUAAACCAAAGAAGCUGGAUCUUGGGAGCAGCAGAAAUUUCAUUUCAGGUAUUGCAUUUAGUUUGCCAUGAAAGAGACUUGAGACUCUGACAACUUUCCAAGGACAAGAUGUCGAAGGCGGAAUCUGUGAGUACGCUGAGUAACGACGACGACGAGAUGGACGAUUUGGACGGAUCAAUAAUUUGGUCCCAGGACGAUCCAGUAUCCUCUAACGAGAUGAUGGAAAUUGAAGAUAGUAUCGGCCCAGGAGGAGAUACUGCUAAUUUGCUGUGCAGACUGUGCGCAGGCAGAGCUAUCGAUCCCAUAUACAUAUACUCGGAAAUUGGUGAAUCGAUGAAAUUGGCACACAAAAUGAACACCUGCCUUAGCAUAAAGAUUCGCAGGACCGAUCCGCUACCUAAGCAAGUGUGCCUGGAUUGCGCGGAGAAGAUAAUGUACUGCAACGACUUUGACACUCAGUGUAUAAAGGCGGAGGAAACACUGUUGAUGAUGUUGCGAGAGAAGCAGCGUUUUGAAAUUCCGGAACUAAUAACGAACGAGAUAUUGUGCGACGAGAAGUCGUGUCCGCUGUGCUUGAAUGGACGAAUGACAACAGGUCCACCUAACCGGACAGAUCCAAUAUCUGCGGAAUUGUACGACAGCGAUAUCGUGCUGGACAGCAGCGACGAGGAGAGAGCGUACGAAGAACUGAAGGCGGAGAGGGAAUCUGGCGGAACUUCGAUAAUGCUUCAGUGCCUGGGUAACAGGCAGCAGUACCUCAAGUGCGGAGCCUGCAUGAAUUUGUACCACACCAAAGAAACCCUCGACAGCCACAAGUGUAAGCCAAACGUCCAGAGCACCUCGAAACCCUACAAAUGCGCGAUCUGCUCGGUUACAUUUACUUUUGAGGAGAGACUCAAUUUCCACAUGAGGUUUCACGCCAGAGCCAAAGCUCUCUAUUGCGAGAUUUGCAAAAUAACGUUUGGCAAGGAGUUGAAGCUGUUUUAUCACUACAAGAGGUACCAUUGCGAGGCGACAACCGUAUCCUGCCUACAAUGCGGCAAACUGUUUGAAAACCAGUUGGCGCUAAGAACGCAUGUUUGCGUCGAUGGAAAGACGAGGCCUCACAUCUGCGAGGUUUGUAACAAGGGUUUCUCGGAUGGCUACACCUUGAAACGCCACGUUGUGACGCACCUACCCGAAAAACCGUACAAAUGCGGUCAGUGCGCGAAGAGUUUCACGCAGAAGUCAAGGUUGAACAAACACAUAGCGGGACACGGCGUUGUCAUCGAGGAGUCACAGACCACCUGGAAGUGCGUUCAAUGCGGGGAGGCGUUUGCCACCUGCGACGACGCCGACAAUCACUACAAAACGCACGAUGAAAAAAUAACUCUAAUCGAGGAGCUGACCGCAUCAAAAAUGUACCACUGUGAAUUCUGCAACAGUUUUUUCUCCGAUUUGGACAACCUAAAAACACACCAGAAUUUACAUUCAGUGGAAAAACCAUAUAGCUGUAACCAGUGCAUGACCGUUUACAAGUCGUACGCGGAAGCGGUUCUGCACUGGAAGGAACAUCCAAGGAUCUUCAAAGUGUCGAUCGCCUUCUCAUGCGACAUUUGCAGUAAGGACAUGAAGGAACUCUCGUUACUCUACAAGCACAAGCAAAAGCGACACCACUACAUACCGAGGAGGUCAGAGAGCGGGGAUCUCAAGUUUAUCUGCGAACUGUGCGGCAGUGUGUUCGACAAGAUGACUGAGGUCCAGGAACACGGCAGAGAGCAGUGCUCCAAGUUUCCAUGCGAUAUAUGCGGCAGCCUGUUGCCCACGGCCAAUUCCCUCAAUGCUCAUAAAAGGCGUCACAGCGGACUCAGGCCCUAUGUCUGCAACAUCUGUGGAAAAAGCUACACCCAGUCUAGUCACAUGUGGACGCACAAGAGAUUCCACAUGGGGGUGAAACCCUACGCUUGCGAGUAUUGCGAUCAAAGAUUCACAAUAAAACCUGACCUGGCCGACCAUACGAGGAAGAAACACACCAGGGAGAGACCGUUCAAGUGUGACGUUUGCCACAAAGCUUUUCUCACAGGUUCCGUGUUUUAUCAACACCGGCUGAUUCACAGAGGAGAUAGGAGGUACAAAUGUCACUACUGCGAAAAGGCGUUCACCAGAACCGAGGCUCUCAAUAAUCAUAUUAAAAUACAUACAGGAGAAAAACCUCAUGCAUGUGACGUGUGCGGAAGAUGCUUCAGGCAGAAGGGUGACAUGCGUAAACAUCGAAGAACACAACAUGUUCCGAAACACGAAGUUGUGUGAUAUUUCAUAGCUACAGAUUAUCCAGACUCUGAAAUAAAGUUUUUUUUCGUACCACUUCA